CCGAAACUGCAUCCCCCGGAGCCGGGGACCCAGGCGCCGGGCGGGCGGGUGAACCCGGUCAGUCCCCUCCCCGUCCCCGAAACCCCCGCCUCCGGGUGGGGGCGACCUGGCCUCUCCCUGCCACUGCCGGGCCAGCCCCGGAGGGAGGCUGGGCAGGUGCUGCGGGCUCUGCCGAAAGCGCUGAAAUAAAAAACCAUCGCCACUCAGGGAGAACUGAAGCAAGUGGGGCUGAGACUCUGGCGACACUCCCGCCCUCCAGCCUCUGCCCCAGCGCCUGCCGCCCUGCCGCCCUGACGCACCCCGCCUGCUUGGGUGGCGACCGCGGCUCCGGAACGCGAAGCAGGGCAGAGGGCUGCAGAGAGGCGUGUAGCUUUGUGCGCCGGGACCCGGUGGGGCAGGUGGCAGCCCCAGGCUGUCCGCGCCUCCCAGCAGAGCCGAGCUCGGCGCCGCCCACCGAGCCCACCUCGCGGUCCAGCCGCCGCCAGCGCCUCUCGGCUCUGGCCUGAAGCAGUACUCCCGCCGCCUGGAGCGGGAAAGUCUGGAGACUCACCAAGCUGAGGAGGAAGAAGGGAACAUCUCAACCCAAGCGGAAUUCUGAAGAACACUUGGCCCCACCUUCCAGAAAUCCUAAAUCACACAGAGGGAAAGUUUUGGCCAGGGCACCAAGAAUGAACCAGAAGCUGAGUCCAUUACUCCAAUUUUCACAUUAACCAGGAGACACACUGAAAAUUGUUUUCUUGAGUGAGAGACUGAAAUUUUGGCUCAAGGGUGUUUCUUUUGGGUCUUCUCUUUAUAUGGCAUGUGAGGACUGCAUCCCACGUCCCAUCUGCAGCCACUCCCAAAUUACACUGCAAGGGAGGGUAGAUUAGGAGUGGGUAGGGAGUAGAGGGGUCUCUAGACACAGCAAAAGCAGCAAGCUGGUGUAGGAAAACCCAGAAAAUAUGUCUCAGAGACAGCCAGUGGCUGCACAUACAAAAGGAAGGCACCUACCUGGAAGAGAAGGGGUUGUGAAGUUCUGCCCAGAGUCACAGCGUUGACGUCCUCAGAAGGUCUCCAGCCCUCUGUAGCAAUCUAUAGUAUGCAUCAGUAUGGUUGGAAAAGCUGCUUCUAUCAAGUUUAACAACUUUCUGGUGUAACUUCUGAGAGGGCUGAUUGCUUAUUCAUGCGGAAGCAAGACGCCCAGUUCAUUUUGCCCGUUUUUGCUACUCUUUGUUGGGUUUGGGAGGCUGUUAUGGUAGCUGCAAAUGGCUUCUCAAGUGACAUUUGCUGACAUUCAGUGAAGUACAUUUAUCAGUAUCCGCCAGCUCACCUCUACACAUGCAAUCCAUUUUGUCUUGUUCUUCAUAGCAAACUCCUUUCCGACACCCGUGCCCUGAAAAUGAUAAAUGGCAAGGUGGCAUAUUUCUGAAGCUGCACUCAAAUGUCACUGUGAAAAAUCUUUAAUGGACUAAGUGUAGCUUUUCACGUUACAACUUGUCAGGUACUGAGAAAUUCUAGAGUUUGUCUUUAAUCCUCAAGUCUUUGGAACCACACUUCUGCAAGCAGAGACUAAUUAUAAGCUGCACCACUCAGACCUGGGCAAGCAGAAACCAAGGAGAAAACAUUUGAUAUCAGCAAAUUCUUUAUUAUUAUUAUUAUUAUUCUUAUUAUUAUUCUCAUUCCAUUUUUGCUCCUUCCUUUCCUACUCAGGAUAUUUGAGGUAUGAGCAAUCUGUAACUCUAAUUAAGGGGGUGACAGCCCCAAGCAGGCCUCCAUGCAGGCUUAUAAUCCACUCAUACACCCAGCUUUCUCCAUAAUGGCUUUAUUCUUUUCCUCCAAGGUUCAAAAUCACCAUGACUUCUCCCCCGCAAAAAAAAAAAAGAAAAAAAGAAAAAGAAAACUGACUCUGAAUCAUAAAUCCUGGCUCCCAAAUAUUGGCCAUAAUUGGGUAGGUGAGAUGUAUCUUGUAUGUCUGGGUGGAAGAGGCUCCUUUCUCCCUGGUGAUUCGUUUUCAGAACACAUGGCCAUCCUUCCAAUGGCUUUGAGUUUCACGUCACCACCGGAAAGACCUGCCAGUUUCUUCCUGUUUGUGUGCCUGUCCACUGCCAUCAUGCUACUCCCAGGACUGUGGCUUCUGGGCACUCACUCACCCUUCAACAUGGCUUGUUCACUCCAGUUCUCCCUUUCCAAAUGUUCUCAAUCCCCUGGGCUGUGCGCCAAGGGGGAUUCAGCCGUUGCCCACCAGCUAUGGUCUGAAUGUUUGUGUCUUCCCCAAAUUAAUAUGUUGAAAUUUAAUCACAAAUGUGAUGGUGUAAUAAGGUGGGGACUUUGGGACUUUAUUAGGUCAUGGAGGGGGAGCCUCAUAAAAAAGGCUGCCUUGCCCCCUCCAUCAUGUAAAUCACCAUCUGUGAACCAGGAAAUGGGCCCUCACCAGACACCGAAUCUGCCGGUUCCUUGAUCUCGGACUUCCCAGUCUCCAGAACUGUGGGAAACACAUUUCUGUUGUUUAUGAGCCACCCAGUUUAAGGUAUUUUGUUAUAGCAGCCCAGAUGGACUAGGCCACCACCAUAGUCAGGGAAGAGCUGGCUGAUUUGUGCAUGUCUGCGCUGUGUCCCAAUGAAAGCACAAUAAUCAAUGAACAUUGAUUCUGCAAUUGAUGUUUGAAGGUCAAAGGAGUUGGGAAAGGGGGUCUCCUGAAGCCAAGGAAAAGCAUUGUACCCCACAAAACUGUGCCAGCCAGGUUAACCUUUUGCGAGAUGCUACAGAUUGAGAUGCUUUAGUUUUACUUCUGGCUCUUUAAGCCCCACUCAAGCUCUAAUUUUGAUAUCUCGUUCUAGACGCCUUAGUUUGGGCCCCUCCCAGGCUCCCUUCUGUUUUUGUUCUUUUUUUCUAACAUCAUCUUUGGCUUUUCUUCUCCUUUAGGUUUGACCUCCUGUCUCUUGGGUUGAGAAACCAUCCCCUCUGACUCCUGGCCCCCUGUGACCCCUCCAAAGCCCCCUGUACAGGUCUUUGGCCACACAGAGAUUCAACAGUCUAAUAAUCUAAAAUUGUA